AUGAAGUGGAGAAGUUCGUUGCUUUUGCUGGUCGCUCUGUGUGCCAGCUGUCGCGGCAUCUGUGCCAGGGAUCCGCAAGCUGAUCAAUGGGAGGUCCUGUCUGAGUUGGGCAGACAAGUGGAGGAGAUCUAUCGCUAUGAGAUGAGUCGUGGAGCUAAUUCCGAAGAGGUCCUCAACAAGCUACACAGCUCGUCCCAUGAGGUUGUCCUACGGGCUGGUGUCGAGGCCAUAGGUCUGGCUAAUAAGCUGCAAAAUGACAUCACCAAGUCGGUUGCCAGCUUUGUUGAUCGUGUGGGCAUUGCGAUGGGGCAAUUGCAGUCUUUUCUCUUCAGGGAGCGAAACAGGUACAGGAGCCAGUCACUGCAGGAUGCAAUGGAGGUGCUAAGCGAAGUAAAUGCCGCCAUUCUCGAUCUGCGGACCAGCCUGGGGCACAUCAACAGCCAGCAGGCGAGCAACGAUCAGUGGGAGCGGCAGACAGCGGAUGAGUGGAAGCAAAUGGCCCAAGUCCUAGUGGAAAAUGUGAGGCAGUCAACAGCGGGUACGGGCACCGCUAGGGCCAGGAAAAUCACCCAGGGUUUCCGAAUACGCAACGGCCUGCGGCUGCACGCCUGCCAGGAGGAAUACGAAUGGUUUCAGACUCGAUAUUAUCUGGAAUUGCAGGAGCCCCUAGAGAUCUGCCAAAGCUCUACCGAUGAACUGAUUCUAGCCACGGUGAAUUGCCGGAAUUUCAGCAACGAGUGCCACAAUGCCGUAAGAAAAGCUCGCAGUGGACUCAAGGGGGUGCCUGAGGAGCUUGACCGCUUUCGGGACCAGGCCAACCACUUGCUGUUUGUCCGCGAAGAGAGUAUUCAGUGCUUGGCGAAAGUACUGGAGGAAUUUACCGCGGAUAGACUCAUUGUGGAGCGUCAGCUGCAGGACAUCAUCGAACAGUACGAGCAAAAAGUCUCUCCAGAGACUUCAGAGAAAUGGGGUAAUAAUUAGCCUCUCUUCAGCCUUGUAUUUGGCAGGAUAAUAUUAAGUAAGUGCUAUGGCAGCACACAAAAGGGCAAGCAUUUUAAGGGUUUUCCUAUGAUUAUUAUAGAGUAUUCCGUAAA